AUGAAGCUUCAACUACUGGCAUUCGCUGCGGUGGCUCUAGCAGCUCUAGAGAAACGUGCGCCCUCCGUCGAGAUCGCCAAUGGAACCAUUAUCGGUGGAAGCAGCGACAACGUCGAGUUCUUCAAGGGAAUCCCAUUUGCGCAGCCCCCGGUGGGUAAUCUGCGAUUCCAGCGUCCGAAGCCAUUCGAUUCGAACUUUGGCGAGUUAGAUGGCACCAAGACCGCAUCCGUGUGUGUGCAGGCCGACGGUUCUACCGGGUCCGAGGACUGCCUGAAGCUUCUUGUCCUUCGUCCAGCCACCCGCCCCAGCACCAAAAAGCUGCCCGUGGUCGCGUUUAUCCACGGCGGUUCCUUUGCCGCCGGCGGUGCCGAAGAUGGGAACGACGGCACCACGCUGGUCGCGAAGGCAGCCGAAAUGGACCUGCCGUUUAUCUUUGUCUCCAUCCAGUACCGCCUUGGUGCGUUCGGCUUCUUGCCGGGCAAGGAGAUGGUUGGCAAUGCGAACUUGGGACUGCGUGAUCAGCGACUGGCUAUCGAAUGGGUCCAUGCAUUAACCACGGAAUUGGAUACAGAUAACAUCGCUGCAUUCGGCGGGGACCCGGACAAAGUGGUUCUCUACGGCUUCAGUGCAGGGUCAAUGUCCACACUAGAUCACACAGUGAUCAACGGAGGCAACGCCGACGGUCUUUUCCGCGGCGUCAUGCUGGGAUCAGGGUCUAUUUUGCCUGCCCUUCCUGUAGACCACCCCAAGGCCCAAGACGUGUAUGACACGGUGGUUUCUCGCGCAGGCUGCAGUUCCAGCGGUACUAAUAAUAGCCUUGACUGCCUGCGAGCACUGGACGCCAAAGUGCUGCAAAAGGCCGCAUACAGCCUGAGUACAGAAUAUGGCCACUUGGGCAUCAACCUGCCUUAUUUCCCGCGUCCUGAUCCCUCAGACGAAUUCUUCGCCGUCAGCCCUGACGCCGCCAUUAGCCAGGGUAAAUUCGCCAAAGUGCCCGUGCUGAGCGGAGACACAGAAGACGAGGGCACCUUGUUCGCGUUGACGCAGGCAAAUAUCACCACCGACGCAGAGCUGAAGGAUUACAUAGCCACCUAUUUCCCGGGCCACGAGCAAGACAGCAAAACUCUAGUCUCCAAGUACCCCGACGACAACGGGAUAAGUGGUUCCCCAUACCGCACCGGGCUCGAGUACAACGUCUUUGGCCAGUUCAAGCGCCUCGCGGCGAUCCUGGGCGAUCUUGCCUUCAUCUUUGAACGCCGCUUCCACCUGCAGCAUGUCUGCUCGCAUGUGCCAUGCUAUUCGUAUCUGAACUCUGCCAUUCAUGGCUCCAACCCUCUCGGCUCCUUCCACGGCUCGGAUGGGAUGGUGCUGCUCUCCAAUGUCUCGACUGUCCCGGCUCAGACCCAGCAGCGCUAUGCGAUAUCAUUUAUAAGCACCCUUGAUCCCAAUGGCGGUGGAAUAUCCAGCCCGCUGAUCCAGUGGCCAAAGUAUACCCCGUCCGACGCUCAGCUGGUCCAUGAGGAGGGAUUUAAGAAUGAGCUUACCACAGAUGACUUCCGAGCUAAGCAGUAUGACUUUUGGAGCGAGAAUAUUGAGAACUUCCGUCUCUAG